AUGCUCCGAGCUGCGUCAUGGACCUUGAGGGGUCUUCAUCGCUCCUUGGUCCCUCUCUCCACAAGAAUGAGCAGCAAUAGGACAGACAGGAGCUAUGCCCUGGCUGAGAAAGUGGCUGUGAUCACUGGAUCCACAAAGGGGAUCGGCUUGGCUAUCGCCUGGCGCCUGGCCCGGGACAGGGCGCACGUGGUGGUCAGCAGCCGGAAGCAGCACAACGUGGACCGGGUGGUGACAGCGCUGCAGGGCGAGGGGCUGAGCGUGACCGGCACCAUGUGCCACGUGGGGAAGGCCGAGGACAGGGAGCGGCUGGUGGCCACGGCCCUGAAGCAUUAUGGGGGCAUCGACUUUCUGGUGUGCGUGGCAGGGGUCAACCCUUUGGUGGGGAGCACUCUGGGGGCCAGUGAGCAGGUGUGGGACAAGGUCCUGGACGUGAAUGUGAAGUCCCCAGCCCUCCUGCUGAGCCAGCUGCUGCCCCACAUGGAAAACAGAGGGGCAGGCUCUGUGGUUCUGGUCUCAUCUAUGGUGGUCUAUGUACCAAUACCAAAGCUGGGAGUCUAUAACACCAGCAAAACAGCAUUGUUGGGUCUCUGUAAGUCUCUGGCUAUAGAGCUGGCCCCAAAAGGCAUCCGAGUGAACUGCUUGGUGCCAGGAAUAAUCAAGACUGACUUUAUGCAAGUGGAGAAAACAUUGCCAUACUUGCUACCUGACUUUAAUGACAUCUAUGGAUUGCAGCGGUUUGGGGAGCCUGAAGAAUGUGCAGGAAUUGUGUCUUUCUUGUGCUCUUCAGAUGCCAGCUACAUCACUGGGGAGAACAUCGUAGUAGCUGGCUACUCUCCUAAACUGUAA